CUCGCCUUCAUGAUUCGCAUACGCCCGUCGUUACCGCGGCUAAGCACACAUCUGAAGAGGACUGGCAAAGCAUGGUUCGCCAAUUCGGCGAGUGGCCGAGUGAGCAAAGGCACAAGGGAUGGCGUACCUAUGCAUUGGAAUAAAGAGACACUAGCGACGAGUGACAAGUAUCCGCUGUCGCAGGAAUUGUUCGAUAAGGUGCAUCCAAACACCGAAGAGCCCCAUAGACGAAUGAUAAAGGGCCACACUCGAGAGAAACGGAAAACUGCAACCUCCCACCAUGCGAGAACACAGAUUGUAAGUCCAGAUUUAUGCGAUGACGUCUUGAAGUACUAUGGGAAGAGUCUAGAGAUCCACAAAGGUUGCGACAUCCUCGAUAUCAACCCUGGUGCCGGCCUCUGGUCGCAGAAGCUGCAUGCCUUCCUCCAACCACGCAGUCACGUUCUUAUGGAACCGAGCCCCGACCGAUUUAAAACGUUCCUAGAUCCCCUCCUCAAUGCGCCCGGUUCGAAAUACAAGCUGGUGCAGAAAGACACCAUUGAACUGGAGCAGUAUACUGAAAUGAUAAACGAGGGUGUAUUCCCUGAUCAGACUCGCGUCAAUCCCGAGGACGACAGUGGACAAGAACUGAAUACUACCCUCCUAGUAACUGGAACGCUGGUGUGGGACCCAAAGCUGCCAGGCAUGGCAUUCGACUCGAUGGCGAAGCAGCUGUACAAUCUCUUCUCUUCCGCUGUCCGGUCCAACGACUAUUUUCAUGCCUAUGGACGCGUACGAACGAUAUUUUGGGUAUCAGCAGAUGACUUCAAGCCCAUCAUUGCCGACUCCAUUGCGAAUUUUGCAAAGAACAACUGCUUGUUGGAAAUGACUCAAAGCAUGGAUCUGAUAGUAAAUGCACCACGCGGUGAACGAGGAAGGGGCAAAGCGGCCCCCGGUCGCGAACCGCAAUAUGAGAUCGAGAGCAGUGUGCGGGCAAUGCAGAGAGCAAGAGAAAGUGGCAUGUCACUCCCCACCCAUCGCGAGGACAAGAUACAUCAGAUCGCCGCUGAGAUCGAAGAAUUGUCCAACGGGACCGGUCGGAGUAAGGGCUCAUGGCUUCACGAUUACCUUCAGGCGAAACAUCGUGAAGGCAAGACUCCUAUUGGACUACUCAGUGACGCCCAGUUCCAACAUCAAGACCACGCAAUAGCCCUGCAGAAGAAGUAUCCAGAUCUGAAUUUCGAAGCGAUGGGCAACGCAGUAGACCCUAAGGUGAAACGCAAGGGGACUUUCUGGAAAGGGAAAGAGGAUCACCCCGGCCGUGAAGAAGCACACGCCUUCAUGCUCACCAAAGCCGCCGAUCGCGCGCGGAUCGCGAAGAAAGAGCACAUGGAACACAUCGCCGACAUAGGCGAGGAACUAUACCAUGCCGAAUGCCGCGCGCUGCGCAUGCCAGACGGCCCAGAAAGAGGCGACCUCCUCAAACAAAUCACGGACCUGGAUAAACAAUGGGAGAAACUCAUGUCCGCGGUCGCCGCGAACUACAAAGCAUCACCCAUAGCCAUCCUCGACGACCGAAUUUCCCUCCGCUUCCCGCCCCACUCACGCCUGCAAUGGGACCGCCGUCCCUUCGAGCCGCUCACCAUGACGCCCGACGAAGCCUGGCCCCCGAACCGGCUGGCGCUCAUCUCAUCGACACCUUUUCCACGUCCCGCAGGCCAGACGGUCGACUGGCACGAGUGGGUGCACGACUUUGUGUAUGCUUUGUUCACCGUCCCGUCGCGGCCUUUACCCGAGGCGCUCGACAAGAUGCAGCACGGCGCGAGCCAGAUCAUUGAGAGUUGCCCCAGCUUGACGGAUCCGGACAAGGGCGGCAGAAUGAAUAUGAAGCAUCUCAGGGUUCGCGUGUUGACGGCGGAGAUGAUCGAGGAGCUGGUGAGAGCGUAUCGAGACUGGCCGUUUAAGGAGCCAGGGAGUGAUCAUAAUAAGUAUUUUAGAUGGAAGGGGUUGAAUCGGGGGAAUGAUUAUGGGGCUUCUUAGUGUGGCGUAGUGCAUUGUAAGUGUAUGCGAACUUUUUGUACAAAUCCUUUAGACUUUUGCAUAUGAACGGAGAAGAAAAGACAGAAGGCCUAACAAAGCCU